CACUAGCGCUACACUUGCGAGUUGAACUAAAUUGACAGCAACAUUUUGAUAGAUAAAGUAUGAGAUGACGUUAAAAGUGGCAUUCUAAAAUUUAAUUACCCCGUCACUUCGACACUCACUUCGCACUCGAACAAGAUUCAAAAUCAAACAAAUUUUAUAGAAUCGACGUGCUGCAUUCGUUGCUUGUGAGCCGAACUAAGCGGUCGUCAGUAAUCAAGUGUUAUUCAAAGAUAAAGAUAAAGAAAUAACAUCGAGGAAAUAAUAAUGUCGACAAUCUGCAAUCCGACUAUUCCUGGUUCGUUCCAGAUUCCUUCGCCGGGUAUCUAUCCCGGUCGCAUUAUCAAGGUGAAAGGUCAAGUCCCGAACUGUUCGCCAAGGUUCGCGAUAAACUUACAAUGUGGUCCCAAAAUGCCCCCUGGUGAAGACAUAGCGUUCCACUUCAACCCUCGCUUCGUUCAGAAUACUUUGGUUCGCAACCAUUUUACCUGCUCCGGCUGGGGAACUGAGGAGGUCAACAAUGGGGUGCCGAUGAAAGCUGGAGAAUGCUUCGAAGUUCUUAUCCAUUGCUACUAUUACAAUUUUAAGGUGGAGGUCAACGGAAUAUUUGCUUGCGAAUUCAACCACCGUAUCGACUUCGAUCAAAUCAGCCACAUCAUGGUGGAUGGUGAUGUCACCAUUCAUCAGAUCAGCUUCGAGGGGCUCAACCCUCCACAGGACCCGAAAUUGAUGAUACCUUGCGUGGUUCCUAUCCCUGGUGACAUGCGCCCUGGUCGCACAGUGAGAGUCAAAGGAGUAACCCCUUGCGGGGUAAAGAGGUUCGCGGUAAACCUUCAGUGUGGUCCGAAUUUGCAUCCUGACGAAGAUAUUGCCUUCCAUUUCAACCCUCGAUUCUGCCAGAAGGCAGUUGUUCGCAACCACUUCAUUUGGUCAGGCUGGGGACCUGAGGAGACACAGGGACCCCUGCCACUGAGCAGUGGAGAGCCUUUCGAAGUCUUCAUUCAUUGUUAUAAGCAUGCCUUUAAGGCGUUCUUAAACGGAAGCGAAAUUUGUGACUUCAACCAUCGGAUCCCGAUAGAGAGGAUUUCACACGUAAUGAUCGAUGGGGAUGCCUUAAUAUACCAGAUUGAUUUCGACGUGCCGCAUAAUCCGGCAGUGCCAUGCUCAAAAAUUAUUCCUGGGGGUAUGUUUCCUGGGCGCAUAAUAACAGUGAAGGGAAAAAUUCCUUCAGAUGCAAGAAAGUUUGGGAUCGACUUGCAGUAUAACGAUGAUGUAGCCUUCAAUUUCAAGCCUCGCUUCGAGGAAGGUUAUAUAGAGCGCAAUCAUUACAUUUCUGGGAGUUGGGGUCGAGAAGAGACCCAAGGAGGCUUACCGCUGCGACGUGGAGAGACAUUCGAAGCCAACUUUAUUUGUCACUAUGAUCAGUUUAAAGUGUUACUGAAUGGGCAACACUUCUGCGACUUCAAGCACCGCGUGCCCUUCCAUAGGAUCUCCCACAUCACAAUUAGCUAUGAUGUCUCGAUACAGUUGAUCGACUUCGAAGGGAUUCCACCACCGCUGGAGUACAUUCCUGGCAAACCUCACAGUUCUGAAGAAGUUUGCGGUCCUUACUAAAUAAAGAAGACGAUGCUGGAAAUCUUAUUUACUCUUCUAUAUAUUGCAUUGCAACUGUCAUCCAUCCUGCAAAUACUGCCGACAAAAUAGGCUCUAUAGUAUUCAAGAAAGGUUUUUUGCAAAGUACCUAAUUACUAAAUUAAAAAAUAACGAAUUACUCACAUGAAUGGACUGAGAUAUGCUCGACAGAAUCAGUCGGCUGCGCGACGUCGCCGCGACGCUCACGCUGCUCAUGAAUAAGAGUCCCGCUGUAGCUUGAAACUAGUCGAGCUUUUCUCUAUGACUUCAUACGUCGUUAUGAAUGAUUUAAUAGUUUUUGUUUUUGUAUUUUGUAAUAUUUAAAAGUAAAUAAAGACAAAUGUUAAAAAUAAGUUUAUUUAGCGUUUAAUUUUUGUGUCCUUCUAGACCUGUGGAAACAUGGCUCAUGUUUUUUAUUAUGCAUCAAAAAAGAUUCCACAUUUCAAAUUUAUCGGAUAUGUGACAAUUUCUUGUAAUUCAUUUAUAAAUGUUUUUAUUACUUUUGUAUUAAUUUCAUCAUAGCCCUCUGUAUUAGUGUUGUUAAGUGUCAU